CAGGACGAGCAUAGAGGCUCAGCCAUAUUUGAUGGUUUUGUUGCUUUGCUUGGGAGUUCUCGGGAGUAAUUUAAUGCCGAAGGUCGCUGCCUAGUGGAAAUAAUAUAGUACGUCAUUAAUAUGGCGCCAAAAGAUUGGGUUCUCGAUAUGUAGCGAGGAGGGAGGGCACGCAGCCGCCGAGUGCAGCGUUACUAUCCCACCAGUAACUUGGGCAUUGCCGGGGCGGGGGCCAGAGGAGGAGGAGGAGGAGGAGAGGAUGAUUUUUGGAUCCUGAGAAUUGAUCUAUGUUGGAUCAGCUGCCUGCUGUUUCCCGGGGAGAUCAUGAAACGAGGUCGCCUUCCCAGCAGCAGUGAGGAUUCUGACGACAAUGGCAGCCUGUCAACUACUUGGUCACAGAAUUCCAGAUCCCAGCACAGGAGAAGUUCAUGCUCCAGACAUGAAGAUCGAAAGCCUUCAGAGGUGUUUAGGACAGACCUGAUCACUGCCAUGAAGUUGCAUGACUCCUACCAGCUGAACCCGGAUGAGUACUAUGUGCUGGCAGAUCCCUGGAGACAGGAGUGGGAGAAAGGGGUCCAGGUGCCGGUGAGCCCUGGGACCAUCCCUCAGCCCGUGGCCAGGGUCGUGUCUGAAGAGAAGUCCCUCAUGUUCAUCAGGCCCAAGAAAUACAUCGUCUCGUCGGGCUCCGAGCCUCCAGAGCUGGGCUACGUUGACAUCCGGACGCUGGCCGACAGCGUGUGUCGUUACGAUCUCAACGACAUGGACGCUGCGUGGCUGGAACUGACCAACGAGGAGUUCAAGGAGAUGGGAAUGCCUGAGUUAGAUGAAUACACCAUGGAAAGGGUCCUGGAGGAAUUUGAACAGCGAUGCUACGAUAAUAUGAAUCAUGCUAUAGAGACUGAAGAAGGCCUGGGGAUUGAAUAUGACGAAGACGUGGUCUGUGACGUCUGCCAGUCGCCCGACGGUGAGGACGGCAAUGAGAUGGUGUUCUGUGACAAGUGCAACAUCUGUGUGCACCAGGCCUGUUACGGAAUUCUCAAAGUCCCAGAGGGCAGUUGGCUGUGCCGGACGUGUGCCCUGGGGGUUCAGCCCAAGUGUUUGUUGUGUCCCAAGAAAGGUGGAGCGAUGAAGCCUACCCGCAGUGGGACCAAGUGGGUCCACGUCAGCUGUGCGCUGUGGAUCCCCGAGGUGAGCAUUGGCAGCCCCGAGAAGAUGGAGCCCAUCACGAAGGUGUCUCACAUCCCCAGCAGUCGGUGGGCGCUGGUGUGCAGCCUCUGCAAUGAGAAGUUUGGGGCCUCCAUACAGUGCUCUGUGAAGAACUGCCGCACAGCCUUCCACGUGACCUGUGCUUUCGACCGGGGCCUGGAGAUGAAGACCAUCUUGGCCGAGAACGACGAAGUCAAGUUCAAGUCCUACUGCCCGAAGCACAGCUCACAUCGCAAGCCCGACGAGAGCCUCGGUGAGGGGGCCGCUCGGGAGAACGGGGCCCCUGAGUGCCCCCCGCGGGAUCCGCUGGAGCCCUUUGGCAGCCUUGAGCAGAAUCAGGAGGAGGCCCACCGGGUGAGUGUCCGGAAGCAAAAGCUGCAGCAGCUGGAGGAUGAGUUCUACACCUUCGUCAACCUGCUGGAUGUUGCCAGGGCCCUGCGGCUGCCCGAGGAGGUCGUGGAUUUCCUGUACCAGUACUGGAAGUUGAAGAGGAAGGUCAACUUCAACAAGCCCCUGAUCACCCCAAAGAAGGACGAAGAGGACAAUCUCGCGAAGCGGGAGCAGGAUGUCUUGUUCAGGAGGCUGCAGCUGUUCACGCACCUGCGGCAGGACCUGGAGAGGGUUCGGAACCUCACUUACAUGGUGACCCGCAGGGAAAAGAUUAAACGAUCUGUGUGCAAAGUCCAGGAACAGAUAUUCAAUCUUUACACUAAGCUUUUGGAGCAAGAAAGAGUUUCAGGUGCGCCGCCUUCUUCUUCCUCCUCGUCACUGGAAAACAUGCUUCUGUUUAACAGCCCUUCUGUGGGCCCCGAUGCCCCCAAGAUAGAGGACUUGAAGUGGCAUUCUGCGUUCUUCAGGAAGCAAAUGGGUACUUCCUUGGUUCACUCGAUGAAAAAGCCCCAUAAGCGAGAUCCAUUGCAGAACAGUGCUGGGAGUGAAGGCAAAACCCUGCUAAAGCAGCCAGACCUGGGCAGUAGAAGGGAGGGGAUGGUGGUCCCAGAGAGCUUUUUGAGUUUUGAAAAGACCUUUGCAGAAGCACGUCUCAUAUCAGCACAACAGAAGAAUGGUGUGGUGAUGCCAGACCACGGGAGCAGAAGAGACCAUCGUUUUCAUUGUGAUCUUGGUAAGGGAGACUUGAAGGACAGACCUUUCAGACAGAGUCACAAGCCUCUCAGGUCCACAGACGUGUCCCAGAGGCACGUGGACAACACAAGAGCUGCCACCGCCCCUGGAGUGGGGCAGUCAGCACCCGGCACGAGGAAAGAGAUGGUGCCCAAGUGCAACGGCUCCCUAAUCAAAGUAAACUAUAACCAGACCGCAGUCAAAGUGCCUACAACACCUGCCAGCCCAGGGAAGAACUGGGGAGGAUUCCGGAUUCCAAAGAAGGGGGAACGGCAGCAGCAGGGAGAGGCCCACGAGGGGGCCUGCCACCAGCACUCAGACUACCCCUAUUUGGGCUUAGGCCGAGUUCCAGCCAAGGAGAGGGCAAAGAGCAAGUUGAAAUCUGACAACGAGAAUGACGGGUACGUCCCUGAUGUAGAGAUGAGUGACUCAGAGAGCGAGGCAUCAGAAAAGAAAUGUAUACAUGCCAGCAGCACCAUUAACAGGAGGACAGACAUUAUCAGGAGAAGCAUUUUGGCCUCUUGAUGAAGCAGAGAUGGCUUGGGAGCACCACGGGCUUGUCACGGGGUAGGCGAGAGUUCAGACACGGGGGACGAGCAGAAACCCGUCACUCCUGAGCUGCACAAACACAUUUACUUGCAAUUCAGAUUGAAUCUUUUUUUUUGAGUCAUUUAUAAAUCAUUGUUGUGAGAAGUGUGUUAUUUGCAACUUGUUGAGGAAACACAAGAGUUAGUUAGAUUGUAACCGUAAGACACUGCUAAGACUAGAGGCUGAAUUAAACACUAAAAUAAGAAUGGAUGAAUUAAGUUUCUAAAGAGGGCAAGGCUUUUAAAUAAGCCUCAUGAGUUUUUACUGCCCUCUGUAUUCUUCCCAAAGCACAAACUCUUGGUUACCUGAAUAUACAGAAUCAGAUGUGGUUCUUGAGAAAUGCUCACGUACCAUUUAAUAGCCCAUAAAACUUAUUUUCUAGGACUGUGGUGGAUCUUGAAAUCAUAUUUAUACUUUGGCCCACAAGGCUGUUUUUGUUGCAUUAUAGUAUACGGGCAGUAGCUCUGAAGCUUCAGUAACUCUAGGGAAUUCAUGUGUAAAUACAGCAGAUGAGGGAAGAGAAAAUUUAAAAGUCAUUACUGGAAGAUCUGAAGGGACAGGGUAGAGCCGCUGGAGCUUGGAGAUUUAGGGUAAAUGUAAGCAAGGUCCUGCUGCCGGAAGCCCUUGAAUGUGUUGUGGAUAUAGGGCUGGUGGAGGGUGAAGCCAUUACGGAGUUCCAUCUGUGAGAAAGGGCAGUUGAGGUCCUGUCUUUACCAGUCCUUUUGACCUUUCUCUUCCCUAACCACUGCCUUUUGGGCCAGCUUGGGAUUUCGCUGGCCAUUGGCAAAAACUGGCCAUCUGGCUUCCAACAAUACAAUGGCUAUUCAAGUUCAAGUGAUGAACUUCCAGACUCUGGUGACUCAUAUUUCCCAGAGCCGACCACUAGUGCAUAUGUUGGGGAAUCCGGCCUUCCAACAUGAACAGAUUCCUUUAAAAAAAAAAAAACAAAAAACAAGAAAAACAAGACAAAAAAAAAGCAAAAUAGGUUAUAUUUAAAAAAAAAAAUAGAAAGGCAAUAAGUUGCGAUAACCUCUUACCAUUGAUUGACCAAGGUUAUACAGGAAAGAGAUUGAAGUGUAAUAGGUUUUCUGGAGUCAGAGUUCUAAGCUCUAGUUCGUAACUUGGACUUUCUAAUUGCAAACGGCAAUAACUAGUAAGUUAUCAGCAAUAAUAAAUUUAGCAUUAAAUUUGAGUACAAUGUUCUGUUUUUUGCACUCGCUGCAGUGCAUUAUGUAUUAAGACAGUGGAUAGUGUUAAGGUCCUGUUAAUUUUUUUUUGGAAUUCAAUGUAGUUGUGAAUCAAACUUAAGGAAAGUUUAAGUAGCAAUGAGAUUUAGAGUUAUGGGCACUUGGAACAAGCCCAACUUCCCCUAAAUUAUCCUUUAGUUUGUUAAUAUCAGUAUUCAGAUUCCUGAUUCAUUUAUACAUUUGUUUCCAUGUGGCAGGGACAUUCUGAUACUUAAUGAGUAAUGCUUUGAGUUCUGUAGUUACCUUUCAAGUCUUCCGGACGAUUGUCAACAAGGAAAAAGGCUUAUUGAAUUCCAUCUUGCUAUGCAAGUUUUAUCAGAUGAUCAAAUAGUAGAUCUGAUACAUCCCCAUUGUAUGUAUGACAUUUUCAAACCAAGUCUUAACUUUUCGAAUACAUUUUAGUAGCUAAUUCAGGGGAGGGGAAAGAAUGACCCAGGUUUUUAGAUUGACUAUUUUUGAGCUAUGGGGCUCAUUUUUCAAAGACUGUUGUCCAGAUAAACUGUUGCUACAGAUACUAGAAGUUUCUUAUGAAUCCAAGUUGUACAUUAACUCGGCAUAAUUUAAAAAUUUUUUUUUUUUUUUUUGCAUAUGAGCAAAAAACCUUUUGCUGGAUACAGGAGAAGGUGGACUCGAUUUACAGUUAUCUUUUGACUACAGCAACAGCUCUGGGUGAGAGUAGAAUAUAUAGAGGGAUAAUUUGUCAAGCCAUAAAAAGAAAAUCUAAAUUAAUUCUAGUAAGUGUAUGACCUCUCACCAUUAUAAGAGGUACCAGAUUCAUUUGCACUAUUAGGAAUGCUAGUUUUGUGCAAAAAUAAUGCCUUACCUGUUUUUUCCCCACAUUUAGGUUGAAAAGCUUUCAAACGUUCCAAGUUAUGCUGAACCAAAAACAAAACAAAACAAAAAAUAAAAAUAAAAAAAAAACCCACACAAGAACUAAACACCCAAAAACAAAAAGCCCACACUUUUAAUUCCUGCUUUGAAAUGCAAAUGGUACAGAGCUCAGUUUCUCUGGCACAGUGUAAUGAUAGCUCUGUGAGUGGGUGAGUUUCAUGUCCUGCUGGGAACUCUGUAUGUGGCCGCAUGAGCGGCAACCAGCCAGCCGAACCUGCCCACCUGCACUCUGAGUACGGAACCAUUUGCCUUCUUUUCUCCUUCUCCUCCUUCUUUUUCUUUUUUUUUUUUGUUUUUUUUUGUUUUUUAAA